AUGACAACCCGCAUGAAAUCCCUACACGCCAUCACCCGCGCAGCACUAUCCAGUACCCGUCCAACACGCCUGGUACCCGCUCGCCAAACCUAUCUACAUCGAACCCAACCCUACCAAACACAAACACUCCGCUCAUUCUCUUCAACCCUAGCAGCAAACAUGUCCAGCGACAUAAUCGAUCUAGCCAAGAACAGGCGCACCAUUUACAAGCUAGGCAAGAAAAGCCCAGUCCCAGACUCCAAGAUCGAAGAGCUUGUCAAUGCCGCCAUCCUGCAUAUUCCCAGUACAUUUAAUGUCCAGUCUACACGCCUAGUCGUACUUCUGCACGAUCAGCACGAUAGACUGUGGGAUAUUGCCAUUGAGGCUUUCGAAGGUCUUGUUAAGGAGGGUAAGGUUUCGCAAGAGACAUGGGAGAAGCAGACGUUGCCUAAGUUGCUGGGUUUCAAGGGGGCGUAUGGGACGAUCCUCUUCUACGAGGACCCAGCAGGCACCAAAGCCCUUCAGGAAAAAUUCCCUACAUACAAGGAUAAUUUCCCAGUGUGGGAGGACCACACCAAUGCUAUGCACCAGUACUUCCUCUGGACAGGCCUUGAAGCGCUCGGCUUUGGUGCAAACCUACAGCACUAUAGCCCGCUCAUUGACGCCGGUGUUGCAAGAAAGUGGGAUCUGCCCAGCGAGUGGCGGAAUGUUGCUCAGUUGGUCUUUGGGAGUCCUGAGGCUGCCGCUGGGGAGAAGGUGCAGAAGCCCGUUGAGGAUAGGCUUAAGAUUUUCGGGAAGCUGUAG